AGCUCCGAGUCGGUUCUUUGUGACGGAGAAGCGGCUGCAGCGAGGGCAGCGGUAGAGGAGGAGGAACGUGCCGCACCCUUUCUACACCUCCUGAGAUUCACACAGCGCGCAGCACUGCGCACAGGUAACAAGCUCAAACUACCGGAAGCAAGGCGAAAGCCACAGCACAGGUGACGGAGACUGUCCACCAAGUUUGAAUUUGUGAGACGAAAAGAAAAGGCAGGAAUGGAUCCUCGAUAGAAACAGAAAAGAAAUCACUCGGGGUUUUUUUUUUUCCUUUUUUAAAUUUUUGUCCCUCUGUAGCAUUUUUUUUCACCCUGCGCCUUUAAAGCGUGUCCUCAGGUACGACAGCACAUUGUUUCUCAACUCGACGAGGACUCUGAUCUGGAUAUACUUGAUAAACGAGUUCGUACGCGCAAGGAAAGAUUGAAGACGUGCAUCCAGUGUCCCAGACAGCUGUACAGUAAAGGCAUCAGACUUCAAACUGGAUCCCUCCAGUCCUCACCUGUCCAGCUGAUGGCGUGCCAAUCUCCAACCCACCAGAGAGGGCGAGUCUGAAUGCCGUCCUAGUCCCUACCCUCUGCUUCCUGUCUGCGACGCUGCUCCCCUCUCACGCCGCUCCAACUCUUUGCUGAUCGCGCAUCCUCCAGAUAUCUCAACAUGGAUACAGUGUCUGAGGACAAACCAGGAUGCUAUUACAACCGCAGUGUAAAAUUCUUCUACGAGGAGAGUGGCAAGAACAUCAGCGACCACUGGCGCACACGUGACUAUGUGAUCGUCACUUUGGGAAUGUCAGUGUGCUUUAUCGUCAUCUUUUCCAACCUUUUGGUCAUAGGGGCCAUUUUAAAAAACCGUCGCUUUCACUUUCCCAUCUACUACCUGUUGGGUAAUCUGGCUUUGGCAGAUCUCUUCUCAGGUAUCUCCUACCUCCACUUGAUGUUUCACACUGGUCCUUGGACCAUUAAGCUGUCUAAGUACCAGUGGUUUGUGCGUCAGGGGCUGAUCGACACCAGUCUGACAGCCUCGGUCCUCAACCUCCUGGCCGUGGCCGUGGAACGUCACCAAACCAUCUUCAAAAUGCAGCUGCACAGUAAGAUGAGCACGCGGCGGAUUUUCGUCAUCAUAGUGUUCAUCUGGCUGGUGGCGAUAAUCAUGGGCCUGGUUCCCACCAUGGGCUGGCACUGUCUGUGCGACCUGCCGAACUGCUCCACCAUGGCCCCGCUGUACAGCCGCAGCUACCUGGUGUUCUGGGCCAUUCUCAAUCUGCUGACCUUCUCCAUCAUGGUGGCCGUCUACACACGGAUCUUUAUCUACGUGAGGCGCAAGAGCGAGCAGAUGUCGCAGCACACCUCCCAGAUGAGACACAGAGAGACAGUGUUCAACCUGAUGAAGACCGUCUCCAUGAUCCUGGGCCUUUUUGUGGUUUGCUGGACGCCUGGCCUGGUUGUGCUGCUGCUCGAUGGUCUGGCCUGUGAAACGUGUAAGGUGCUACGCUACGAGAAGUACUUCCUGGUGUUGGCCGAGUGCAACUCCUUUGUCAACCCCAUCGUCUACUCCUUCAGGGACAAAGACAUGAGGGAGACCUUCAAGGAUAUCCUGUGCUUCCCGUUCCGGCGUGACAGCAAACACCGGGGCAACUCUGGAGCCCACUUUAACACCCUGGAGCACGAGAACUAUAAGUCUCGCAAUGCUGCGCCGAGUGAGAGAAGCAACGGGAUUCCUCUCAUCCGCGAAGGCUCAGAAGACAUGCCUGCCUCUUCAGAAAACUGGAAUUAACUUAAACAACGAUAAACUUUCAACACACAAAGAAGACAUGCAUACAUUCGGCAGUGAAACCCACAGAUCUGUUUGUGCACAUGUAAACAAACCUCAAGGCCUGUUUCUCCUCAGCCGGCAGACUGUUGUGGCAGUCUGUUAAAAACAGAUUUUUACCUUUGCUGCCAGUGGACAAGAGUUAUUCUGUUAGUGUCUGAUAAAGCUAAGUUGGUCACGGGGACAAGGAAGAAUUCAUUAACUUCUAAUAUCAGUUGGCCGACAAGAUGGUGGAUGUGUCUUCUAAUUUAAACAGAAUCAAGUGGCUCAUUUGCACUCCAAUGACUUUCAGCAAACGUAAGGAGGCCAACUCCCUGUCACUGGGCCAUUUACACAACACGGGAGACACUGACAUUUCCUGUUUGGACAUAAACAACCUGACAGUUUUCCCCAAACCAGAUGGCAGUAGAAGAGGCCAUUCAUGUCCGCGGGACAACUGGACUGUUUUGGCAGUGCAUGGAAGAAAUGACUGAAAGUGUGUGGACUGUCACAUAGCAGAAGAAUGUGCUCUGUUGAGUGCCAAGUAAUGAGGCCUGCCACACAUGGCUUAAUGUGUGUGUGUGUAUAUAUAUACACAUACAUGUUGAGUUGCCAGUUUAUUAGGUACACCCAGCUUAAACUAAUGUAGACUAAUACAACCUGCAAUAAAUCCUCUGUGUGUGUGUACACACAUACAUAUGUAUAUAUA